AUGGAAGCUAUGUUUACACUUUGGAAGCAGCCUCGCUUUGUCUCCUUUGACAAGAUCAGACAAGUAAAUAGCACAUUCGAAACCAACUUUGCAGUUAUCUUGUCUGAAAACGGCAACCGAAAUUUUCAUCGGUUUGGUCUGACUAUUCCCCUGGUCAACGAGGAUAUUGAGAGCCAUUUUACAAGCUUCGGACACAACAAACCCAGAUUGGAUAAUGAUGUCUUUUGCUUCUUUUCCCUCUCUUUCCUCUCACCAUACUUCUUCUCUACGCUUACUCAAUCUUUCUCAGCUUCUUCUUCUCUUGUUCUCCCCAUGAUUGACGAGAAGAUGAGAUCAAAAUCCACUGGUCUCCUUGUGAUUCUUAUCUAUGUUCUUUCCCUCCCUGUCUUCUUUCUUACAGUUUCAGAAGCUGUCUGCAACCUCCAAGACCGAGACUCUCUCCUCUCGUUCUCCACCAACGUAUCAUCUCCACUUUCUCCUCUGCAUUGGAACACGUCCACUGAUUGUUGCUCCUGGGAAGGAAUCUCAUGCGAUGAUUCUCCCCAAAACCGAGUCACAGCGAUUCUUUUGCCCUCUAGAGGACUCUCCGGAACUCUCCCCUCCUCUGUUUUGAACCUCCCUCGUCUCUCUCAACUCAACCUUUCUUACAACCAUCUCUCUGGUCCUCUCCCACAAGGCUUCUUCUCUGUUCUUGACCAGCUCACGGUUCUUGACCUCAGUUACAACAGUUUUAACGGUAAAUCACCGUUUGAACAAUCAUCAUCUCCCAAUGGAACCACCAACCAAAACUUCCAAAUCAAGACCGUUGAUCUCUCCAGCAAUCUUUUUCAAGGAGACAUCCUCCUAGGCGGUUCUGUUUUUCUUCAAGGUGCUUUGAGGUUAACCAGUUUCAAUGUCAGCAACAACAGCUUCACCGGUCCACUCCCUUCCUUCAUCUGCACAUCCUCGCCGCAGCUAACAACACUGGAUCUCUCUUACAACAAAUUCACAGGCAAUAUCUCUCAAGGACUAGGCAGAUGCUCCAGGCUCCGUGUUCUUCGAGCAGGCUUCAACAAUCUCUCCGGCGAAAUCCCAAAAGAAAUCUACAAUCUUUCUGACCUCGAGGAGCUUCUUCUACCAGCCAACCAACUCUCCGGAAACAUCAACGAUGAGAUCACUCGUCUCACGAAACUGAGACUGCUUGACCUUUAUUUCAACCAACUUCAAGGAGAGAUACCAAAGAACAUAGGUGACCUUUUCAAUCUGCGCAGGCUCCAGCUACAUAUCAACAACCUCACAGGCGCCGUCCCUGUCUCUCUAGCCAAUUGCACAAAGCUUGAGAAGCUGAACCUACGCGUUAACGGGCUGGGAGGAACCUUAUCAAACGUAGACUUCUCUCGCUUUCAGAGCCUCAGCAUUCUUGACCUCGGAAACAACAGCUUCACCGGAGACUUCCCUUCGACAGUAUACUCCUGCAAGAACAUAACCGCGAUGAGGUUUGCGGGAAACAAGUUAACAGGACAGAUAUCUCCAAAAGUACUGGAACUGGAGUCAUUGUCUUUCUUCACAUUUUCGCAAAAUCAAAUGACCAACAUCACAGGUGCACUCAGCAUUCUACAACACUGCAGAAACCUAACUACUCUCAUCAUAGCAAGGAACUUUUACGACGAAACCAUACCAAGCAACGAGGACUUUCUCGGGCCAGACCCGUUUCCAAAGCUCCAAAUCUUCGGUACUGGUGGAUCUAGAUUGAAAGGAGAGGUACCCGCUUGGCUGAUCAAGCUCAAGAGUGUAGAGCUAAUGGACCUUUCGCAGAACCGACUCACUGGAUCGAUUCCUGGUUGGUUAGGAACACUUCCAAACCUUUUCUACUUGGAUCUUUCUCUUAACCUUCUCACAGGAGAGCUUCCAAAGGAACUGUUUCAGCUGAGUGCGCUCAUGUCCCAAAAGGUAUACGAUGCAACAGAGAGGAGCUACCUAGAGCUGCCUGUUUUCGUCAGCCCUAACAACAUCACCUCUAAUCAGCAGUACAAUCAGAUCUCAAGCCUCCCACCUGCUAUAUACGUCAAUGGGAAUAAUCUCAACGGGACUAUACCGGUGGAGAUUGGACAGCUAAAGGUUCUCCUUGUCCUCGAGCUUCAAGGUAAUAACUUCACUGGGACCAUCCCUGAUGAAUUGUCGAACCUCACUAACUUAGAGCGGCUGGACCUGUCCAGCAACAGUUUAUCCGGUGGGAUCCCUUGGUCGCUCACAGGACUCCAUUUCAUGUCUUACUUCAACGUUGCUAACAACACUCUCAGUGGGGAGAUACCCACAGGAGCUCAGUUUGAUACUUUCCCAAAAGCGUAUUUCGAAGGAAACCCAUUGCUGUGCGGCGGUGUACUGCUAACCUCCUGCAGGUCCCCAAGUACUCAGACUUCUUCUACGAAGAAGACGAGUAAAGAGAAGGUUAACACUAUACUUAUUGUGGGGCUUGUGAUUGGGGUCUUUUUUGGGGUCAGUUUGGUUCUGGUGAUACUUGCUCUUUGGGUGAUGAACAAGGGGAAGGUGAAUCCAGGAGACUCCGAGCACGCCGUGCUGGAGAUAAGUUCCAGUCCCUCUUACUCCGAAGUUCCUUCAAAUUCGGAGAAAGACAUAAGCCUCGUUCUGCUGUUUGGAAACAGCAGAUACGAUGUAAAAGAUUUGACAAUAUUCGAGCUCUUGAAAGCUACCAACAACUUCAGCCAAGCUAAUAUCAUCGGAUGCGGCGGGUUUGGUCUUGUCUACAAGGCUACAUUGGACAAUGGGACCAACCUGGCCGUCAAGAAACUCACAGGAGACUAUGGUUUGAUGGAGAAAGAGUUCAAAGCAGAGGUGGAAGUCCUCUCCAGGGCCAAACAUGAGAACCUGGUCGAUCUACAAGGCUACUGCGUCCACGACAGUGCUCGGAUACUUAUCUAUUCCUUCAUGGAGAAUGGGAGCCUAGACUAUUGGCUGCACGAGAACCCCCAGGGUCCAGCUCGGUUGGAUUGGUCGAAAAGACUCCACAUCAUGAGAGGAGCGAGCUCUGGACUAGCGUACAUGCACCAGGUGUGCGAGCCGCACAUAGUACACCGAGACAUCAAGUCCAGCAACAUCCUUUUAGACGGGAGUUUCAAGGCCUACCUAGGAGACUUCGGGUUAUCGAGACUGAUCCUUCCGUACCGGACACACGUCACAACUGAGCUUGUGGGCACGUUGGGGUACAUCCCACCGGAGUAUGGACAAGCGUGGGUCGCUACUUUGAGAGGUGACGUGUACAGUUUCGGUGUGGUGAUGCUGGAGGUUUUGACGGGGAAAAGACCGAUGGAGGUUUUCAAACCGAAGGUGUCGAGAGAGAUAGUGGCGUGGGUGCAUCAGAUGAGGAAGGAUGGGACACUAGAGGAGGUGUUUGAUCCGUUGCUGAGAGAGACUGGGGAUGAAAGAGAGAUGGUACGUGUGCUUGACAUAGCGUGCAUGUGUGUGAACCAGAACCCUAUGAGGAGACCGAACAUCCAACAGGUUGUGGACUGGCUUAACGAUGUGAACAGGAACCAAAGUAACAGAGAAGAAGAAGAAGAGAGAACAUAACUGUGUGCCUUUUUUAUACUUUCAUCACAUGCUCU